GCGGUGACUUUACAGAAGAGUUCCCAGGCGCCCUCUGAAAACUGACUAGACUAGUCAAUUUCAACCGGGGUCGACGGUGCCCCUGGGAAACAGAAGAAUGCGAGAUCGGGAAAGGGGGGCACGGACGGCGAUGGGGUUGCGAGCCUGAGUUCUCGGGUUCCCUAGACUUUUGCUGCGCGCACACACACAAACACACACAUAGGCGCGCGCGCUUCCAGGCACACGCGCGCGCACACACACCCCUCGCUCCCUCCGGCACCACAAAGUCCUCCGAGCCCGGGAACUGCGAGCAGAUCAAAAGCAUUUUUUGCGCGUAAGUGCGCGCUUCGGAAGCGGAGAGAGGUCAGCCAGCCAGCUAGCCCGCCCCUUGGCUUUUGCUUUGGCCAAGCUUUGCUCGGCGGUGGAAGGAGGGCGAGACUGCAGGAGAAUAGCUAACCGGUGUGACACACACACACAGCCUUUGGGCUUUGCAACUUCGUGCGCCGGGCAGUGCGAGGAUCUCUCUGGCCAUUGAGGUAUCUGAACAACUGCUCAAGUGUUGGCUGCAAACAAUCUGGAUCUGACCUGACCUGAAGCCUCGAAGGAUACCUCUUACCUGUGAUGGGCCUGGUAUUCAUCUAGGAAGAACUGGAGAUUGCUUGGGACGCCCUGGGCUUAGCGAAAUAUAGCCCCCUGGGUUGCCUGGACCUUUUAACAAACAAUUAAUUUCUCAUUCCUGACUUCUACAAACAGCUGGGAUCUAGUCCCUAAGCGCUGAAUUACCAUCCAUUUAAUUGACUGAAUAUUCCUUAACAAGGCUUCAUCUCCUCUCCAUUCCCUCGUAAAGGAGUGCAACUCCCGGUAGCAUUUAUCAUCAUUAACAGAGACUUUUUUAUGUACUGUGGGAUUUCCGAAUAUAUUUCAUUUGUUUGGCUUGCUCCCCCGCCCCACACUUCUCUGGUGGAGUUUAUCUUGACUAGUUAUCGCACACACACGCAGACACGGAGCACUCCGAUGGCUUCAUAAAUCAGAGGAGCAGCUGCCCUUAUUCAUGAUGGGGCGAGAGCAGGAGCUGAUCCAGGCUGUGAAAAACGGGGAUGUACCUGGUGUGCAGAAACUGGUGGCAAAGGUCAAGGCAUCCAAAAGCAAGUUACUGGAAAAGGAAGGGGAAGGCACAUGUGUGCUAUCCAGUCCUUCCUUCUUUUUUCUCUGCCCCUUUUCAGAUGGCAGGGCCUUGAGAAUGCCUGCAUCCGCAUGCAUGCACACGCAGGAAGGAGGGAGUCCUCCAAGAAGACCAAAGUUGAAUGGAGAAUUCUUCCCCACACCAGAAAUCUUGGGAUCAACUAAACGGCUGAACGUGAACUACCAAGAUGUGGAUGGGUUUUCAGCACUACACCAUGCAGCCCUGGUUGGAAGCCUGGAACUUAUCUCCCUGCUGCUGGAGGCACAGGCCACUGUGGAUAUUAAGGACAUCAACGGAAUGCGCCCACUGCACUACGCUGCCUGGCAAGGGAAGGUGGAGCCAGCACGCCUACUUCUACGAGCAGCUGCUUCGGUCAAUAUGGCAUCGCUGGAUGGGCAGAUCCCAUUGCACCUUUCGGCGCAAUAUGGCCACUAUGAGGUGUCAGAGAUGCUGCUCCAGCACCAGUCCAACCCAUGCCUCAUCAACAAAGCCAAGAAAACCCCCCUGGACCUGGCCUGCGAGUUUGGAAGGCUAAAGGUGGCCCAGCUGCUUUUGAACAGCCACAUGUGUGUGGCUCUGCUCGAGGGACAAUCCAAAGACACAAGUGACCCUAACUACACCACUCCUCUUCACUUGGCAGCCAAGAACGGGCAUAAAGAGAUAAUCAGGCAACUUCUGAAAGCUGGAAUCGAGAUCAACAAGCAGACGAAAACGGGGACUGCCUUGCAUGAAGCAGCGUUGUAUGGGAAGACCGAGGUGGUGCGCCUGCUGCUACAAGGUGGCAUCGACGUCAACAUCCGCAACACCUACAACCAGACAGCUCUGGACAUCGUGAACCAGUUCACCACUUCACACGCCAGCAAGGACAUCAAGCAACUACUACGAGAGGCAUCAGGAAUCCUGAAGGUCCGAGCUUUGAAGGAUUUUUGGAACCUCCAUGACCCAACUGCUCUCAAUGUCCGCGCCGGAGAUAUCAUCACGGUUCUGGAGCAGCAUGCAGACGGACGCUGGAAGGGUCAUAUCCAUGACUCUCAGAAAGGCACUGACCGAGUUGGUUACUUCCCUCCAUCCAUUGUCGAAGUCAUCAGCAAGCGGACAGGCCUGACUCUUCCCCGCAUGGCGCCCUUGCACCCGUGCCAGAGCUUUGCCAAGGGCCAACAGGUUACCACUGCCACCCCUCCCAGUGGGCCGCAGCCUCACACUGAUGCCUCUCCACCCGUUUCGCCGCAGGCACCCCUCGGCCUACCUGCCCUGACCAGGACAGCCCCAACUCCUGAAAGCCCAGCAGGUGACAGGAACAGCGUGGGCAGCGAGGGCAGCAUUGGCAGCAUCCGGAGCGCUGGCAGCGGUCAGAGUACCGAGGGCACCAAUGGGCAAAUCACUGGACUCCUCAUUGAGAAUGUCAAGCCAUUUUCACCGACUGGUGAGGAUCUUCAGCAUUCUCACAAUGGCCAGACGAAUUCCGUGAUAGGGACACUGGGGCACCAGAACCUCUCCAACUGUAACACCAACGACAGGAUCUUCUCCCACCAAUAUCUACGGCCAGAGCAGCUCCUGGAAGGGAAGGAUGCUGAAGCCAUUUACAAUUGGCUGAGUGAAUUCCAGCUGGAGGGCUACGCAGCCAACUUCCUGAAUGCAGGCUACGAUGUGCCCACUAUCAGCCGCAUGACCCCGGAGGACCUCACAGCCAUUGGGGUGACCAAGCCAGGCCACAGGAAGAAAAUAUCCACCGAGAUUGGGCAGCUCAGCAUUGCCGAAUGGCUCCCAAAUUACAUCCCUGAUGACCUAAUGGAGUGGCUGAGUGCCCUUGGGCUACCCCAGUACCACAAGAAGCUGGUGAGCAACGGCUAUGACUCCAUCAGCAUCGUGACAGAUCUGACUUGGGAGGACUUGCAGGAGAUUGGCAUCAACAAGCUCGGCCACCAGAAGAAGCUCAUGCUGGCUGUCAAGAAGCUGGCCGACCUCCGCAAGAGCCUGAGCCAGGCCGACACCAGCACCCUCAGGCGCAGGAUCCCCGGCGCCUUGGACAUUGUUACCAUUGAGUCUGUCGAGAACGGGGAGUGCCACUCACCACACACGCCCAAGAUGACCACUUUCCAGGACAGCGAGCUGAGCUAUGAGCUCCAGACGGCCAUGUCCAACAGCUGCCAGGAGACUCUGACCAUCAAGAGCGCCCAGGGCAUGUCACGGAGCCAAGAGAGCAUUGGUGUGCGGUCCAGGGGGUCGGGGCACUCCCAGGAGAACAUGCUGUCCCACAGCACCACCUCGAGCCGUUCGCAGGAGAGCUUGGGAAGCGGCGAGAGCAGCAGCGGCAGCAGCGGACACUCUUCAACCCAGCCCCGCCUCGCGGAAAACUCUGCCACCCCGCAGGGUCGGCCCAACCCAGAGAACUAUGGGAAAUUUGUUCCGCAGGUUAGCAGCCCUGAGGGAAUCAACGGCUAUUCCAGCGGUUGUGCGGGAAGCCCUCUGAGGGAGAGAAAUCUUCCUGAGGGGAUGGACCAGUACCAGAGACCAAGCGCUCUGAAGGGGGAUUUCCUUCCCCACACAGAGCCUCCUGAGACACUGCCAGGCACGUCCCCUUGUGCAUCGCCCCACACGGCCAGCAAGGGGACGGCCCCAUAUGUCUUCAUGUACCCCCAUGUGUCCUUGAAGUCCCCUCCGCCACCUCCUUCACCGUCCGUGCCUGAGCAGGCCAAGGCCCCCGCUCCCUUCUCUGCCCAGAGGACCAUGCUGCAGUCAACAGCCCAGAAAGCUUUCUCCUACCUCCAUUCCCACUGUAGCCCCACAGAGCCGCCUCACGUGCCCCCCAAGCCCGGGGCGGAGCAGCAGAACGCCGAGGGCUUCAAGCACAAGAAGCGCUCACACAGCUUGAACCGCUACGCGUUGUCCGACGGGGAGGCCGAGGAAGAGGAGCCUCCCACCAGCUCUGUGGGCUCAUACGCUACCCUGACCAGGCGGCCUGGGCGCAGCCAGGUGCCGCGGACCCAGCCGUCGUCGGCCGCCAAGGUCUCGCGCAGCCAGUCCUUUGCCAUCCGCGCCAGGAGGAAGGGCCCCCCGCCCCCGCCUCCCAAGCGCCUCAGCUCGGUCUCCAGCGCGCAAGUUGGUGCAGAGUACGAACAGGGCCAAGAGACACAAAAAGGAGCCUCCCUCUCCCAGGACGGAGGAGGAGAUGGCCCUUGUGACAGGGGCUGCUCUCCGAGAAAUGCUGCAGCUGUGCUCAAUGGGUCCGUGGCUGACGGGAGCCUGGCCAAGCCUCUUAAGUCCCCCAAACCCACCGGUCUCGGUCAGGAGUUGGCCAGCAAAAUGGGCCUGCACAAUUCAGCUGGAGCAGACCCCAGCAGCGCGGAAGCCACCAGUGGCCAAAGCCAGGCCUUUGAAGGCAACGUCCCCAGGAGACGAACGUUUAGCGAACCCGCGGUUGCCAUGACGGAAGCUCUGCAGCACAGCCACGAGGACACCCGGUCCGACACGGAGGAAGAAACAGCAGCAGAGACAGACGGCUGUGCCAAGUCCCCCUGCUCGUCUCAGAACAGCUCCAGCGAGUGCAUUCCGUUUGCGGAAGAAGGCAACCUGACCAUCAAGCAGCGGCCGAAGCCCACUGGGCAGCUCAAGGCAGACGCCGCUGUGCCAGAGUCCGAUUCUGCCUCGGCUCAGCCUUACGGGGAAGAGCAAGAAGAGACCCCGGCGAAAGAGGGCCCCACAGUGUUGGAAUUCAAUCUCACAGAGUCCGACACGGUCAAGAGGCGGCCCCGGUGCAGGGAGAGAGAGCCCCUCCAGAACGUGCUGAAAGCGUUUGGGGCGGCUGCGCCCAGCUCAUCCUUGGCUCCGCAGUACGCCCAGGCUCAGACGGUCAGCAUCAGCGGACCCUCACUGCACCCGGCGGAGCCGCAGCUGGCGGGAGACGCUUUUGACGAUGACAGCAUGGAGCUGCAGAUCGCAGAGAUAGAGAAGAGCAUCCUGUCUCUGGAAAGGGGGAUCAAGAAGCCGCCCGUCUCUCUGAAACCAACCAGCCCGAUCCCACUGCAGGUUGAGAGGCACGGAGGAGCAGUCCAUCUGAGGACGGCAGCCAAUGCGACUGAUGUCCCGGCCAAGCACACAUCCAUUGCUUCUACCAAGCUGGUGUUUUCGGGGCCAAAAACCAUCUACCAACAAGUCCUGCAGAACUCCCGCAACACUGUCGCUCCCUGGGAAGCCACAGAGAUGGUUUCAGAAGCGAUGGGUCCCUACCCCAUGAAACUGGGGCUGGGCAGCAAACCCGCCUUGAGUUUCGGGGUGCCCCUAGCCAUGAGGCCUUUGAGUGCAUCUCCGGACAUGAUCCACGCUCAGCAAAGGCUGGAACAAACCAACUCAUCCUUGGCAUCCACGCUUGAAGCUGCAGAAAAGAAAAUCAACGCCGAGGAGGCAGACAGCAACUAUGGGACAGCACACUCGGCCAAGAACAUCCUCGAAGACAUCAGCAACAUGUUUGAUGACCUUGCAGAGCAGUUGGAUGCCAUGUUGGACUGAGGACGGGCUUCCUUCUCUGAUGAUGAUGAUGAUGAUGAUGCAGGUUCAUCCUUCUACCCUACCAUUUAUGAGAAGUGGGCAGCUUGGGGAGGAACUGCACGACUACUCAUUGGCCCCUCCUUCCAGGCACUUUACCAUCUUUUCCUGAUUUCUUUUGAGUGCUAACUUCCAGCCAGAGGCAACUGCACUCCAAGACCAGAUACCUUGGGGCAAGAGCGCAUGAACACACAUCAACUUGGUGUUUCCAUCAGAGGGCACCAGAUGCUUGCCAGGCCUCUAAACAGUGACCACCCGCACCAGCACUGAAGCUACAAAGAAGGGCUGAUUGAAUGCCUGCAGCGUUGAACCACAAGGGAGGCAGACCAACGCUGGAGGCUAGAGAGAGCUUCCCUUGGACCCUGGCCUCCUUCCCACAUAAUACCACAGAGAUCUAUGCUUCUUGCAAAGAGCAGCCCAUUUCCAACUCCUGCGUCUUGUCAUUUCAAAGGAUGCCAACAAUGUGUCAGCUUCCCAAGGGCAAAGGGGCCGAGUGCUCAGUGCGGCCAAGUCGCCAAAAGGGAACAGGAUUGGUAAACCUGCCAGCUACCAGAGCAAGACAGGGCCUUGCUGCUUUUCCCAACGUUGUCAGCAGAGGAAGGACCGUGUAAUCCAAGUGGAUUUAAAUCCCUCACGUUGCCCCAUCUUUGCCUCGACCUCCAAAAGCAGCUGGCACAGCCUGUGGCUCCCAGAAAAGUAAAAUAAGCUCAAGAGCAAAACACUUUUCAGGGGAACUGAAAACUACUCAACCUUCUUUCCCAAAUACCUCGGGUCUCAUUCAUCACAUGGACUGGGUGGGUUGGUGGAGAGAGAAAAUAGUCUUCCAUUUUUUUCCCUUUCCAUAGAAUCUGGAAGGAAAACGCUGAUUGAUGGCUUACAGUGCAUGGCGCCCUCCAGUGGCAAAAAUAAUAAAAGGGAUCCUGAACAUGCUCUCCAUUGUAGCAUGAAAAGUGACUUUUCCUAGUUGCAAAUACUCUUCCCUAUCCUUUUUCCAGCAGGGAACGAAGCACGUAAGAUCUAUUGUCUUUUCUUAAAAUAGAAAUUAAAACAGACAGCAGUUGAACUAUAAGACAAAACUGCCUUUCCAAAGACCAUUCCUUGUAACUCAUCUCCCUGUCCAAAGUGAGCCCAUCCCUACCGACAACUGAGUGCAGCGGACAAAGGGCCCAUUUGCAACCCCAUGGCAUGCCGCUUCCUUCCUCCCUAGCGACAGUUCCACUCUGAUGAGGGAGCUCUUACAUAGCACCUCUGUAAAUAUGCCCAAGGUGGUGCCAAUCAAGGAGCUUACAGAAGGAAGAGAAGGGAAAAUAAAAGUGUAAUGAUUGCAGCUUACAUGCUGCAGGCAGAUUAGAACUUGCCAAGGACUGAUAUGGCAGAGAGACUGCAGCUGAGCAGUACAGCACAUGCAGAAAGGUCCGAUCUCCAACAUUUCCAGGUAAGGCUGGCAAAAACUCCCGUCUGAAACCUUGGGAGAGCCACUGCCAGCGAUACUGAGCUAGAUGGACCAAGGGGUCAGACCCUGUAGAGGGCAGCUUCCCAGGAGGGUUUUGUUUUAAGUCUAAGAUGAAGAUGACCAUGUAUAUCACAGAUUUAAAACUUCUGCCAGUUUUACCAAGUAUUGAGGCAGACAGGGCAAUUCAGCAGUUUUAAAGUUAAGGCAACAGACCCUCUGGGCAUCACAGGGGAAAGGGCUCUGCACCGCUUUUAAGUUCUUAGUAGUGAAUCAUGAAGUGGCAAACAUUGAGCCACUUGCAAGGAAGUGAAAUCCAAAUGGCGAAGGGAAAAAAGCGAGAGGCUACAAUGGAGCCUAUUAAUGUGUCUUGGCCAUAGAUGUAGUUUCUCUUUAUUUUUUUGACUCUCUUUUUAUCCAUAGUGUCAAGUGGAUUAGUCAUCCUCUAGUUGAUGACUAGUGCUAAAAAAUAUUUUUUUAAAGAAUUGCUGCAACCAGUGGCACUUUAUAAAAAGGUUCAUUAAGCCUUUUUGAAAAGAGGUUUGGAUUUCACAGUAGUUGAUUUGGGAUGCAUCCUUUCCCCCCACUGUCGAUAAAACUGUAAUUUUUUAAAAAGAAAUGUAUAUAUUUUUUAAAUGUGGAUUUGUUGUAUAUUUACUAACCAGAGUGCUGUUGUAUUUUAGAGUUGGGGGUGGAACCACAUUACUGUCUGAGCCACUAGGGGGCAGGAAAAUGCUGUUCUUUGUGAUCACUAAUGAGAAAAAUUCAUUCCCCCUUCCCUUUUUGUCCAAAAUGCUUAUUUUUUAAGAGCUAGUUCUUUAUUUUAAAUAUAUUGUAUGCUGUGUAAAUUAUGUAUGGAUGCAGUCGUGUCUAACCAGCCUUGGCCCCAUCUGCUAUAUGUAGCAGGAACUGGCCUAGGGAAAUUAGUCCAGGCAAAACACCAGCCAGGCAGUUUUUAAAUCAUCUAGUCUGUUUGUGUUAAUCAUGAAUUCUUGUUUUGAACUAACAUAAACAGCAACUUUAUGGUAUUAAACACUGGGAAUCAUUUUCCCUUUUGACAAAUGUA